CACAGUCGCUUUUGGCCAGCAGAAAGACAGAGACGCGUGGAAAAAGCGUUAAGGAUACUCAAACCCAAAAACCACCUCAGACGUUUAUAGGAAACAGCAAAAGCUUACAGCUAUGGCAAUGAGAGCGCUCGUCUUAUUGGCCGCCAUCGGUUUGGUGGCCGGCGAAGGUCUCCGGCUGCCGGACCAGCAGUCGUCCAGCAACAUCCAGCAGGUGUAUGCGCCGCAGCCGCAGAUCCAGCAGAUCCAGCAGCCCCAGCAGAUUCCCCAACAACAACAACAGCAACCAGGAGUGGGAGAGGAGCGCGGAAGGUCCUCCCUGCUGAGCAUCUUCGGACUGGGCAACGACAACGAUCCCUACUUGGCCAGGACGAACAGCAACUGCCUCGGCGGCGACCUCUCCGAGUGCUUCAAGACCCAGGCCCUCAACACCUUUGACGAGAUCUUCUUCAGGGAUCAUUACAAGCUCACAGACUUUGCUCGCGUGGUGAGGUUGCCGGAAACCCAGCAGAGGUCCUUGCAGCAGGAGCCCUUUGAGUACGCCGAGGAUCCGGAACUGGAGACAGCUGACGACUCCUGGAACCAGCUUCUGAAAUAUGGACUGCGAAGGGCCGAACGUUUUGUCAAGUCCACGGCUCUGGAGGUCGAGUGGCCCGAGGAACUCACUGAAGCCGGUCGUUACGAGGCCCGAUUCAUCGGAAACGACAUUGAUGGCGAACUGGACCUCAUCGACGAUGGACAGCGUGCUGGCCACUUCUCCCGCAAGAAGCUUAAGAAGAUGAUCAUCCCCCUGCUUCUGGUGCUGAAGAUCUUCAAGCUAAAGCUGCUGCUCUUCCUGCCCUUCAUCCUGGGAAUCGUGGGCCUGAAGAAGAUCCUCGGCCUGGCCGCCAUCAUCCUGCCCGGUCUGUUCGCCUACUUCAAGCUGUGCCGCCCGCCAGGUGGCGUCAGCGGUGCCUUCGGCGGCGGAUUGUCCAGCCUGUUCGGCGGCAAGCCCAGCUUCCCCCAGUACAGCCCGCAGGGAGUGGGAGCGGCCACCUACUACCACCACCACGAGCACUUCGAGGGCGGCCACGGAGGAGCAGGACCCUACUACCGCCAGGAGCCCAGCUUCGCGAAGCCCUACACCGACUACUACAGCAAGAGCUACCAAGGCCAGGAGGUGCAGGGUCAGCAGCAGGUGCCCGGCAACUCGGUGAGCUUCGGGGAUCCCCAGGAGGCCGCCUACAACGGGUACUAUGGUCGCAACUCCGGCAAGGACAUUGCCGCCGAGCAGCAGCCACAGAAGAGCUAAGUUCGAGGACCUUGACCGCGAGCACGUUGUUAUUUAUUUGGCCCUCGGCCUCGCUGCAUUCCUAUAAGAAUAUUUAUUACGAUACUUGUACUUGUAAAUAAAACAAAGUUUUAAAUGGA